AUGGGGCCCUUGCCACAUCUCCCAACGGAGCUAAUUGCCGGCAUUGUGACGCAACUACAUAAUAUCGAGGACUUCCUAGCCCUGCGGUCAACAUCACGCCGCCUGUACCGGGUCCUGACCCAGAACACGACCCCGCGUAUCACCCUCGACCUUCUCGCCGUUUCAGCACCCACCUUUUGCUCGCCGCAUCCGCAUUUUCUCGUUGCUGCGCUCGCUCGCCAAAUCUCGGAGUGGACUCUAGCUGAUUAUGAUGUUCGGGUCCCGCUCCUCCAAGCCGCCUUUCGCGGCGGCAUUGACUCGCUGUUUGAGUUUUGUCUGGACCAUGCGCCACGAGGGCUGUCGCUAGAUGAGAUUCGUAGAUUCUAUGAACUGCGCUUCGCCGUGAUGAACCCGCUUACCGAUGCCAUCGAUCGCAUGGCUGGUCCGCAAUGGUAUCAGACAGAGGACUUCUGGGCAGGGGGCGUGUCCGAGCCAUCUACACUAUAUACGGAACCAAGUAGGUCGGCAAUGCAGAUUCUAAUAUAUGGCGAGCUAUUUGGUCCCUCCUUUGAUUAUUUCCUGGAUAAAUCGGCUUGGGAUUCUGGACUUUCGCCGACUUUUUCCUCUCGCUCAUUUACUUCGACUUUACCCUUGUCUACUUCUGAUUUUAUGCCAUCCGAUGGCGAGAUAAACCGAACCCCCCCUGUGUUCAAAAUAGCCGACAGGCUUGAAUUCGUCAAGUAUUGCAUUCCAGACUGGCUUUGUCACUCUUGGGGUGACUUUCUGGUGGAGCCAGUAGGCCCGUACCGACUGAGACGGCGGCAGCCUGGAACAUCCAGCAUCCCCGCCGAUCAACAAGCUCUACGACAUGUCCUCACCUGCCGUCGGUGGAGACGUAUGUGGCGGGAUGGUAUGGCCAAGGUCAACAAGGAUGAUUUCUCUCCGCCACUACCAGCGUCUCGGAAAAGAAGAAGAACAAGCAUCAUUGAGAUACUGACUAGCAGUGUCAUGGAACCACCAUCACCAACAAUAAACAGUCCCGUCGAACCGAAAGCACACCAUUGGGCUGAUCAUUUUAGUUAUGUGGGCGACGAGAACCGGUCAGAUAUGCCGAACUUGUCGGCUGAAAAUUGGAGGCAGAAGUUGUAUCGUGAUGCCCUAGUAUUUCAGGGAAUUGAAGGAAUGCAGCUUGUUACACUACCUGCACAUAAAAUCAGCGAUUCGGUGCUACAAAAAGCACGCUGGAUUCGGCAGAAAAUAGCAGAGCUAGACGAACCAAUUGAGAUGACUCCCUUUGGGCGGUUAACGCCAAUGCUGGUCUCUUCGGCACCGGACCUCAGCCAGGAGCUUUGGUUAGGUAAAAGAGGGACGUGGCGUGAAUCUGUUAACAUGUGA